UAGUUUUGAGUGGACAUACUCCGCAAUAUCCUGCAACACAGCAACCAAAUCCUGGCCUACCUUUCGCCCCUGUCAAUCAAAACAUAAUGGGUCCCAGACCACCGCUUGUUCCAUGGCCAAACGCGGCCGUGAGCUCUGGUAUUCCAACAGCCAGUGCCUCGGUCAAUACAAUCAGGGGGGUGCAACCUUACAGUUCCGGGAUGACUCCAAUGAUGAUACCUCCCCCCAGGCCACAAAUUAUGUUCCCCAGACCACCACAACCGAUGUCCCCAACCGGAAAUACGUCAUGGUCGUCGAAUGUCGUAAACCGAAUGAGACCCGCGCAGCCUCAAACUCGCGGGCCGUCGCCAUUGGAUCUGUUAGGCCAAGAAGCGUUGACCGCUCACAAAGAAUCGCAAAACAAACCGAAAGUUGAAAACACUGCACAGCCUGAGAAGAAAGAUGCAUUGUUACUGGAUAUAGGAGAUUCAAUUACACCACAGCCUACACCAAGUAUUCCUCCACCGCCUGCCGCUGUCCCAACCUCGAAUGGACAGCAGACUAACGAGACUCCUUUAGAUGGAAUCUCAUUGUCUAUGGAUAAAAUUAAACCUGGUAAGUUUUGGGUCGUCACUUGGUCGGCCGGUAGGUCGCUUGAUCGAGGGCUGCCGGCUAACCAAGAGAGAGAUUUCUUUCCCUUAUUUCUUUUGGUAGUAAGUUCCACACGGAUGCCCCAUCAAACAUGAAACUCUUUUUCAUACUACUUGUACGAGGCUUUGGUAAACAUAGAGAACUUGAUAUGCCUCGAAGUUCAUAGUUUGUUGUUUUAGUUUUAUGAGUAAAAAUAUCUGUCAGUAAUUUUGGCCUCAUUUUAUUUCUUUGUGAUUCUAGGCAACGUACCAGCAAUGAACGUUCUUGACAAGAAUGAUGUAAAAACUGUGAUGCAUUUUGCGAAGGUUUGUGCUGGGGCCAGUUGUUCAAAGCUGGGUUAGUUUAACCCUAGGUUAUCUUAACAUUCAAAGCAAACUUCGUGACAGCUUGUCUGUAAAUUUGGAAAUAUUUCUUCAGAGAUCUUGUCAGAAUCGAUAGGAGUUUACUUCUCUGAAGUUUUGAAAUAAACAGACGUGCAGAAAUACACAAACUAAAACAGCAGGUUAAAUUUUAACCCAGGAUUAGCGCUAACCCACCUUUGAACAACCGCCCCCUGGAGUAGAACAACUUCGUUGAAGAAAAUCAGAAUUAGAGUUUGGCUUAUUGCCGUAUCAUUUGUUUUGCUUUGUUUUAGGAUUCCUCUGGCAGUCUUCGUUCUGAUAUACAUGUUAUUGUUGUCACUACUAUGAGUACUAACACUUCGCCUGUCAAAACUUUCACCUUUCAAUGCGCUGCACCUAAGGUAUUGCGACUCAUUGUAUGGUGUACAGUACAUGUCUGGUAUGGUAUGGUAUGGUGUGGUAUGAUUUGAUGUAUGGUAUGGUAUGAUGUGGUGUGGUAUCGUAUCGUAUCGUAUCGUAUUGUAUUGUAUUGUAUUGUAUUGUAUGGUGUGCUGUCGUAUGGUGUGGUGUGGUAUGGUAUGGUAUGGUAUGGUAUGAUAUGGAUACUGUUUUUGGUAUGGUAUGGUAUGGUAUGGUAUGGUAUGGAUACUGUUUUUGGUAUGGUAUGGUAUGUUAUGGUAUGAUAUGGUAUGGUGUAUUAUUGUAUGAUGUGGUGUGGUAUGGUAUUGUAUGGUAUGGUAUUGUAUUGUAUUGUAUUGUAUUGUAUGGUAUGGCGUGCUGUCGUGUGGGGCGGUAUGGUAUGGUGUGGUGUGCUAUGGUGUGGUGUGCUAUGGUGUGGUGUGCUAUGGUGUGGUGUGGUGUGGUAUGGUAUGGUGUGGUAUGGUGUGGUGUGCUAUGGUGUGGUAUGGUAUGGUGUGGUAUGGUAUGGAUACUGUUUUUGGUAUGGUUUGGUAUGAUAUGGCAUGGUAUGGUAUGGAUACUGUCUGUGGUAUGGUUUGGUAUUGUAUGGUAUGGUAUGGUAUGGUAUGGUAUGGUAUGGUGUGGUAUGGUAUGGAUACUGUCUGUGGUAUGGUAUGGUUUGGUAUUGUUGGAUACUGUCUAUGGUAUGGUAUGGUAUGGUAUUGCGUAGCAGUUAUUGUUACAAAUUGUCUUAUUUUUUCCAUCCAGUCAAUGAAAUUAAAACUUCAACCACCAACAUCGAAUGAGCUACCAGGAUACAAUCCAAUUCUUCCACCAUCAGCAGUAACACAAGUCAUGCUUCUUUCUAAUCCAGCCAAGGUAAGCAGGAAAAUCAUUGUCAAAAACUUUUUUGUAGACAAGCUGGUGACCAACUAGCCGUACGACUAUGGUUCCUAAUGUGCCAAGGUUUCUGCCAACCUGACGCGAAAUGCUUUCGCUUCAACACCACGUUCACACACGUAAAAACGCACAAGUUGUAACAAACUGCAGCAGACUUGUAGCAAUGCUGUUCCAACAACUUGUCAACAGGAUGUGUUCGAAAUGCUUGUUCCCAGCUUGUUGACAAGUUAUCAACGGCUUGUUGACAACUUGCUACAAAGUUGUUGGGCUUUUAUAACAGACUUGUUACAAGUUGUUCCAAUUGUUCAAUUCAACAAUUUGUCAACAAGUUGUGAGUGACGAUCUUGUAGCAACUUGAUAAAAUAACAGCAUUGUUACAACUUGUUGAAAAGCUUGCUACAAGCCUGUUGCGAACACAUCUUGUUGACAAGUUGUGAGAUUUUUACGUGUGUACACUUGAUAGAAUACUGUAUAACAUUGUGUAUUGAUUUCUUUCUCACAAGGAUCGAAUUCGAUUGAAAUUCCGUAUCUCAUACGAGAUGAACGGUGUGAAAUCCGUGGAAACUGGCGACUUAGAAAAUUUUCCCAUUCUCUGACAGACGGUGCGUAUUUACUGAAAUUUAAUCUGCCUUUGAAGUUUAUUCGAUUAUGAAGCAACUCGAAAUACUUCUAGAGGUAGGCUUUAUAAAACAAUUUAUAAAAUUGACAUGCUCAGUUUCUUUGAGCUCACGCGUUAAUAUGCAGUGAAAAUGAAUGAUAGAUAAUUAAAAUCAGGCCUUAAAAUAUCGGUGAGAGAAGCGUCUGACAAAAUGUUCGAUGACUUCGAGUUCGGAUCGGACAUAUGUAUUGUGAUGUCCGAUGACUUUGAGUUCAGUUUGACUUGGAAAUAAGUAUGAAUGCAGACACAGAUUAAUACCAGCACAUUUUGGAAAAGUCGUUUGAAUCUUGGCAAUGAAUUUCCGAACCCCACGAUGAAAACCCCGCACUUGAUUACACAUUUCCAGUUAACUUUUUAUACGUUACUCUGAUUCUCCAUUUAACAUGCGAGCCUCUAGUCCUGGACUAGGGUACAUUUUGAUUUACGUUGGACAAAGUUACAGUUAAGCUGGAGUAAUACGAGCAACAAAAUUGCUGCAACUUGCAACAAAAUCUGAUUUCAACGCAUGUUAAGUAGAAAUGUUGACACAUGUUGCCUCGUGAUUUGUAAUGUAUGUGUAAACAUUUUCAAUUAACAUGCGUUGAAAUCAGAUUUUGUUGCAAGUUGCAGCAAUUUUGUUGCCCGUAUUACUCCACCUUUAGGUCGGACACCAAUACACUCGUGUCGAACAAACAAUAAACCUCAGUUUCACUUAGAUCGGACAGAAUGUCCAGUGGUUUCCUCUCUACGUCGGACAAUUUCUGUGACGGUGUGAGCGACCGAUAUUUUAAAGCAUAGAUAAUUUUCAUACUCUCAAUUGUGAUAUGAUCAUAAUUUGUAGAAUUCUUGAAGAAACGUAAAGAUUUUUUGUACGUGCAAAAAUCAAUGAACUUCGAUGUUAAUGAUUAUAAUUAUGUUAUAUUUGAAUAUUCUUGUUCAUAUAAAAUUGUUAUAGAUUAUCCGUUAAUAUCUCUCCAGGGUAGCCUAUAUAUAUAUUAUAUCAUUUUAUAAUUUACAAAUUCAGACUUAUAAGAACGAUUUCACAUAACCUUCAAAAACUAAAAACCCCUAUAUAUAUAUAGUUUCAUAUUUACAAAUUUCAAAAUAUAUAUUAACCAGAGCACCAAUAUUGAAUCGGGCCAGGUGAAGGACGAUUUCAUCGCUAAUAUAUCCAGGACAAAGGGAUAACUCCACACGUUCUUACAAUAUUACUAUUAGCGCUCGCUCCACAAACAUUUAACCAUGAUUACAACUUUAAAACACUAAGAUACGUCCAUUCAUCGUAUCAGCCACAACAACUGCUUCGCUAGGACUCAAAGCUAUAGCGCUGAUUUCGAUCUUGCUACACUCUUUCUCUGUGAAAGUUAUAUUUGUCAAAUGCCCGCCAAUACGAGUAAACACCUGAACCUUGUUCCCAGAUCCCGUCGCUAGCACGCGGUCGUCGUAGUCCGUUACAAGCCGGCAGAGGUUCGGCUUCGUUCGUGCAUACGAAGGCGUCACGAAUUUGCGGAUAUAGGCUCCGUUGUUGUCAAUCACUUGGACCAGGUUCGCGUGGGUUUGUUCCGUUGCCGCGGUAACGCCCGAAUUUAGGGCUGGAAUUCGGGAAAUAAGGAAAGUCUCCCCAGUUUGGUUGCAGGCCACAUCUUGUACGUUUUCAAGCCGAGCCCCCGACGACGUUCCUCGAGUGAUGCUUCGUAACCUUGUGAAAUAAAUGGGA